AUGGCCAGCACCGCUGCAUCUUCACCGUCAUCCGUGGCCUCACCCGUACCGUUGCCAACGUCGCGCCCAUCUACCGCCAAGGCCCGAUCAUUUGCCUCCGGCCCUGCACCUCUCGCCUGCGCACCGUCGGCUCAACACCAGCGCGCGCCGCUUCCCACGCACCCCAAGCCCAUCGCGGUCACCGCCGCCACCAAGCAGCCCAAGCCGGAGCCGGUGCCGCUUCCCAGACUCUCCGUCUCGGUGCCCCCGGCCCCGGACAAGAUGGCCAUGGCCGCUGUCGUCGCCUCCGGCACGCCCAUGGAAGGGCCCAAGAUCUCCAUGACCUCCAAGGAAUGGGUUAUCCCGCCGCGGCCCAAGCCCGGCCGGAAACCCGCCACCGAUACCCCGCCCACCAAGCGGAAGGCACAGAACCGUGCCGCCCAGAGGGCGUUUCGCGAGCGUCGGGCUGCGCGCGUGGGCGAGCUUGAGGAGCAGCUGGACCAGUACAGGGCAGAGUUUGACAAGAAGGAGGCGGAUCUCAAGGAAAAAGUUCACAGCCUCGAGCUGGAUGUGCAGUCAUUCCGAUCACGAUGCAUGCUCCUCGAGAACAUGCUCGACAAGGAGCGGCAGGACAGGAUCAGAGUUGAGACGGAAGCUGAAACUCUUCGUCGUCGCCAAAGCGAGCAUGUCUUUCGCAGCGAACGCAUGAACAGUGCACCAUCUCCCCAUGAGCAGCAGCAGCAUCGUCACAGCAUGCAGCAACACCGACAGAGCAUGUCGAACAACCACAGACUACCUCACCCGGAAACCAGCCGGGAUUUUUCCAUUUCUCAAAUCAUCACGCCGCCUGAUUCAAUGGACUCACAAAACGCGGCACCACUCGCGGACACAGACAUGACCUGCGGAAACUGCACAACAGAGGGCAGAUGUGCCUGCGCUGAGGAAGUCCUUGCCACAGCCACGGCCGGCUGUGGCAAGUGCGGGUUCGGAACGACGUGCCAGUGCCUGGAGGACAUAGGCUCCUCUACCACACAGACCAACGACAUGAAGCGGCCGUCGUCGCCAUCAAAUCACGGGGCCGCAGGCAAGAGGAUGCGUCAAGAGUCGUCCACAAGACCUGCUGAUCAAGAGAUGGAUUUUACCGCGGCUUUCGCCCGCCGGCAGUCCCAAAUAGUAGCAUCCAUGAUCCCAGACCCCCCACCGUCUGAGAUGAUGAUGAUGCAGUCGUCGUCCAUGGAGGGCAUAUCCUUCAAGGAAAGCUGCGGCUUCUGCAAGGACGGCACGUACUGCGCCUGCGCUGAUGCCGCCAUGGCCACGCCGGCCAUGACACCUCCCGACUCACAGCACAACGUCCCCCGACAGGUGCAGACGCCGCCGCCGUCAGAGACGGACGUGGCGCCCCCGCAGCCGUUCAUCAUGGAGAUGACGGCCGACGGCGCCGUCAAGCUGCCGCCCCGAAAGCCCAAGGCCGGCCAGGCCGCAAAGCCCUCGGGCGGCGGCGGCUGCGGCGCCGGCGCGCCCGGAACCUGCGCGCAGUGCCAGGCCGACCCCAAGUCGGGCCUCUUCUGCCGGCUGAUGAAUGCCAAGUUUGGCAAGGAGCAAGGCGGAUGCUGCGGUGGCAAGGGCGGCGCCGGCGGCUGCUGCAAGUCCAAGCCGGCAGCCAACACCAGCAACGGCAGCAGCAGCAGUAGCAGCAGCAACAAGAGGGAAGAGGAAAAGAUUACGCUGCCGAGUCUGCCCAGCCUGGGAUUGAGCUGCGCCGAGGCCUACCAGACGCUGGCGAGCCACCGCAACUUUUCCGAGGCGGCCAACGACAUCAACUCGUGGCUGCCCAAGCUCAAGGCGACGUCGAGGCAGUCGUCGUCGAGGCAGAGCUCGCGAGGAGGACGGAAUGCGAUUGAGGUGGAGGCGGCCAGCAUCAUGAGUGUGCUCAAGGAGUUUGAUAUCCGCUUUGGACGGGAAUGCUAA